AUGGCGUUCUUCCGAGAUACCCUCUUUAUUCUCUCCGUCUGCGGUGUGACGAUGCUGAACAUCUUCGUGCAUGGGGCUCUUAUAAUAGCGCUGCCCUCGUUGGGAAGGGCUCUGCAAUUCAAAGAAUCCGAGUUGCAGUGGCCUCUGAAUGUCUACGCCCUGUCCCAGGGGAGCCUCCUCCUUCUCUUCGGGCGGAUUGCGGAUGUGGUGGGAAGCAAGAAGAUGUCCCUCUUCGGAGCAGGCUUCGUUGCCGUGUGGAGCUUCGCCACGGCACUAUCGCCGAACAAGGUUGCCCUCAUCAUCUUCGUGGCCCUAACGGGCGUCGGCGCUGCUGCGAACACGCCUACAGGCAUCAGCAUCUUCGUCUCGCACUUUGAGUCGGGCUCUGCGACAAAGAACAAAGCCAUCGCAGCACUAGGCGCCGGGCAGUCGAUUGGCUACGUCGUCGGCCCCAUCGGCGGCGGGAUUCUCUGUCAGAAGGUGUCGCUGUGGCGGGUGAUUUUCUACAUCCAGGGUGGCCUCGCUGCCACGUUCUUCGUACUGGGCGUUCUCACCAUCCCGCCGGACCCCGCGCGAGCGCGGUACACGAAAGGUAUUGACUGGAUCGGCGCGUGCUUGAGCGUGUCGGGCUUUGGGCUGCUCACUUUCGUGCUUUCGGAGUCCACGACGGUGUCUAGAGGAUGGCGCACUCCGUGGGCGCCCGCACUGCUUGUGGUGUCGCUCGUGGUCCUACUACUCUUCGUUGCAUGGGAGGCGCACCGCGAGCGGGCGGACAGGUCCGUGCUCAUGCCCGUGAGUAUCUUGAUGAAGCGCGGGACGAAGAUGGCGCCGAUGGUCGGUACGAUCUUCCUCGCCUGGGGCGGCUAUAACGUGACGAACUACUUUGUCGCGCUGUACUUCGACCAGGUGCAGGGUCUCGAUCCAUUGCGGACAUCGCUCGAGAUCCUCCCGUCCGUCAUCGCCGUGCUCGCUGCUAACGCCAUCACGGGCUGGCUGCUCUCGCGCGUGCGGGGGGACGUCCUCAUCGCCGGUAGGUUUCUCAUUAGCAUGGCGGCGCCGCUGGCCCUCACGCUCCUCGACGUGCACGCGAGUUAUUGGGCCUCGGGCUUUCUGGUGAUGGUGUUCGUCAGCUGGACGGACGUGGCGUACACGGUAGGCAAGCUCCAGAUCAGCAUCGCGUUCGGCGCGGACUCGCAGGGCCUCGCAGGGGGCAUAUUUAACGUUGCGACGCGGCUCGGGACGUCCCUCGCGCUCGCGCUCUCCUCGAGCAUCGCGACCGCAGUGUCUGACGCGUACGCUGCGCGCCACCCCACCGUUCCUGGGAGUGCCCCCGCGGUGCUCGAGCGCGGAUUUCGCGCGGCGGGCUGGUUUGCGUUCGCGCUCGCCGCGGCGAGCUCCGGGAUCUGCGUCGUGUUCCUGCGAGGCGCGGGCGUCAUCGGGCGCCUAGCCCCAAGGGUGAGUGAUGCGAUUGAGAAAGAAGGGGGCGGGACUGAGAACGAGAUGGGGGACGUGUUUGGUGGUGCGGGGAAGAUGCUCAAGGGCGGGGAGGUGCUUUCGGAAAAGUCGAACGACGGUGAGCCUCAGGAAAACUACACACCAUCUUGA